UCAAUAGCUUUAGAUUUCCCUGAACUGACCACCUAAUUAUAGGCUAAUAAUAUCCAAAUGCAAUCGUGAAAAUGAUCAACCAGUCGAUCAGCGUUGGUCGUCCUACGUUGUUUUAGUCUAAAUUCUAAGUCUUAUCUAGUUUAGCAGCAGAGGUUAAUUAGUGAGUUUGAUUAUAUUAUUAUUAUUUUAUUAUUAUUAUUUUUAUUAUUAUGCAUGCAUGAACCAAUUAAUUGCUAGUCCAAUAGUUAAUUAAUUAAGGAUAUAUAUAAUCUCUUCUUACCGGCCGGUCGCAACCAUGUGCAUGACAAGUUUCUUUCCAACCAGCAGAUGGCGUUUUCGAGCCAAAGUUUGAAGGAGAAGUUACCUUAAUUAGUUAGUUAAUAAACUUGACAACUAACGUUUGACAUUACCAAGUUAACGUAAGUUAAUAGAUUAUUAUGGUAUACCAAACGAGGCUCCUUCAAUUAAGGGUCGGUCAGUAAGGAUUUUAAGGAAGAGGGAAGAUAGAAGGGGUGGGCAUCGUUUCGGACCGGAUCGGACCAAACUAAGGAGAAUCACGGUUAAGGGUGGGGCACUGGGAAAAAUGGGUUGGUCCACACUGGACCGAAUCGGUGUUUGGAUCGGAUCACAACGAAUCGAAUAUAAUAUGGUCCGGUUCUUGGUCCUAUGAAUUUUAUAAAUACUGAAGAAAAACUAACCGAGAAUUUACAUUUGGACCGGACCAAAUUAAAGCAGACCAAACAGACUAAAUGCACUAUUGGUCCGGUCCUUGGUCCUAAGUUAUCUUUCACUAUUGGACCGCGAUUCUCUAGAUUUGAUCCGAUUCGGUUCGGACAGUCCACGAUGCCCACCCCUAACCACGGUGCAAUAGUGAAAGAUAUCUUAGUACCAAGGACCAAAUCAAUAGUGUAUUCGGUCCGCUUUGGUCCGUUUGGUCCGGUCCAAAUGUAAAUUCGGUCCAUUUUUCUUCUGUAUUUAUGAAAUUCAUAGGACCAAGGACCGAAUCAUAUUAUAUUCGAUUGGUGUGAUACGGUCCAAACAUCGAUUCGGUUCGGUGUGGUCCUAUAUGAACCAACUCAUUGCCCACCCCUAGAUAGAUCACAGAAGUGAAUGAUAUAAUUGUUUUGUUAGGAAAUUCCAUUUCAUAAUUAAUUAUAUGGGCUAAUUGUAAGUGAUAAAAUUGUGGGGCCCAAGACAACUCAAACCCAAUAUGAAUUCAAUGGGUGGAAAUCCAAUACUUGGUCACUUUGGAUUUUAUGAGAGACCAUGGUGAAUUAGUAUAUAAGAAGCUUCAGGUCUGGUCCCCAACACAACAAGACCAACUAAUCUCAUCUUCUCCCCAUCAUGAAGAUGAGAGCUCUCCCAUAGAGGCACUGAGGUGGCUUGGUUGUGGAAGACUGCAUAACCUCUUGGAUCGUGCACUAAGAGGCAUCAUCCGGAGAUUGAUCGUCACCGUUUCCGCAUCCAACUUUAGGCAAUCAUCCGACACGAAUCCAGGGAUUCCUAUAAUUAACCUUUGAUGAUCUAACAAGAUGAUUUCCAUGGAAUUAUAUAUGUUAAGUAAAUUCCUUUCAUGUUUGCCUUCAAGAAGAAGAAGAAGAAGAAGAAAGAGGACUUGAAGCAGAUUUGGAACUAAGUGUUAAGAGUUUUUGUGAGAUGUUCAAUUUAUGAAUCAUAUAUAUUAACACAUCCUCCCAAAACGAAAGUCACAACAUAUGGGUUUGAAGUUUGCAUAGGUCAGGAUACCAUGUGGUUAGCAAAAUAUAUGAGGGGCAUCGGAAUUCGAACAAAAGACCUUUCAGUCACAAAAAGCUCUAAUACCAUGUCAAGAACCGGUUUAAUUCCAAUAACUCGAAUUUUUUUGGAGAAUUUCAAUCAUGGAUGUGUAAGCAUCAUUUCUAGGAGCACACAGUAGUCGGUUGCCUCUGCUAAGGUUGUUUGGGAGAGAAGGAAAUGUUGAUUGUUGUACUUUGUACAGUUUUCUGUUCAUGUUUUGCAUGGCAAGUUUCUUAAUUUCCAGCCAGACUUCCCAACCUACAACAUUGCCGUUUUGUGGCCGAAGUUUGAAGAAGAAGUUAGCUUAAUUAGUUAGUCAAUAAAUCUGACAACUCACGUUUGACCGCAUUACGUAGUUAACGUAAGCUUGUCUUCUAAUGUUGUUGUUUCUAGGGUGGGUAAUGGGUUGAUCCAUACAGCAUCGAAUCGAUGCUUGGACCGGAUCUCAUUGCAUCGAAUAUAAUGUUGUCUGAUUCUUGGUCUCAUGAACUUCAUAGACACUGAUAAAAAAUGGAUCGAAUUGACAUUUAAACCGAACCAAAACGGAUCAAACGGACCAAAUGCACUACUAGUCUGGUCCUUGGUCUGAAGAUAUCUUUCACUAUUGAACCGUGAUUCUCCUAAGUUUAAUCGGACCGGACCGAUAACCACGUCUAGUUGUUUCAUAGAGUGAUAGAUUAGGGAUGGCAAUGGGUCGGGUUAGGGUGGGUUUUGUCAAACCCAAACCAUGGGUUUAUCCGCCAAAAAAACUAGGGGUAAAACCCGUGGGUUUGAAAAACUCAAACCCAGCCCGCUGGGUAUCCGCGGGUUCAUGGGUACCCGUGGGUUUUUGUGGUAAAAAAUUUACAAUAACAAGUUUCUUUCAAAAUAAAAGUUUAACAUAAAUUUCUCAUACAAAUUAUUCAUACAAAAAACACCAAUCUAGUGCAUACAAGCAAACCACAAAUGAUCAAUACAAAUUGUUCAGAAUUAAAGAUAAACAUCUAUAAACAAUAAGAUUAUUUGAAAGCUUCUUCCUCGUCAACUAAGUUUCUUCACUCUCCAUUUUAUAAUAUCAACUUCAUUCUAAACAAUUAGAAAGAACAAAUUAUACAUGUCUCCACAAACAUAAAGAAUAUUAGUUGUUUAAGGAAUAUAUAUUAUUUAUAAUAUUAUAUGUGUGUGGGCGGGUACCCAUGAGGCGGGUUUACCUAAACCCAAACCCAACCCGGUGAAUAGUAUAGCGGGUUUAAACCCAAAACCCAUCAACACGGGUUUUACCCACUUUGACCGGAUUGGGUCGGGUGGAUACCCGUGGGUUCGGGUUUUAUUGUCAUCCUAAGAUACCCUUCAUAACUGGCAAGAAAAUAAGAGGGAGUAGUCGUACGUGCAUGGCCAAAACUCAGCAAGGAAUUUUACGAGUCUAUUACGGGCUCAUUCUGCUCUCAGGCCCAACAGAAUGAUAACAAUGCCAGAGGCUGGGCCUGUAGAGCUAACUAAGAUACCCACUUCCUAACAUUGCUCUUCGGCCUGUUUUUUAAGUUUUAGCGGAUGACCUCUAAUGGGCCUUCUACUUUUCUGUAGUUGAAGUUCAUAGAGUGUGAGGGCUGCAAUGUGUCGAGUUUUUACUUAGCUUGAACUCGGCUCGUUUAUAAAUUUCAGUUCGAACU